AUCUGUACUCUGUAGACUGUAGAUUUCUUUAUUCCUUCCUUUCGUAUUUCAUCAGCUGCAUUAGAAUUACUCCCUUUUACAAUAAAGAUUUAUAGAGAAAAUGGCUGAUAAUAAAUUAUACGAAAUAUUAGGUGUUACGAGGAAUUCAAGUGAUGCGGAAAUAAAACGAAACUACCACAAGUUAGCUAAAGAAUAUCAUCCUGACAAAAAUCCUGCAGCUGGUGAUAGAUUUAAAGAAAUUAGUUACGCGUAUGAAGUUCUCUCUGAUCCCAAAAAAAGGCAAACCUAUGACAAGUAUGGCUUGAAAGGACUACAGGAAGGUGGCCAAGGCGGUGGCUUCCCUCAAGAUGAUUUGUUUAGACAAUUUUUUGGUGACAUUUUUGGAAUGGGUGGUGGUGGAAGGAGUCGUGGACGUGCCCGUGGAGAAGACACGGUUCACACAUUAAAAGUAUCCUUAGAAGAUAUGUACGUAGGGAAAACUGCAAAGUUGCAGUUGAGUAAAAAUGUGAUAUGCGGACCCUGCAAAGGUGUUGGUGGAAAACCUGGAUCUGUUGUAUCAUGUAGAGACUGUCACGGUCAGGGCAUUAAAGUGUCUUAUCAGCAGAUUGCGCCCAAUAUGACACGCCAGUUUCAAACACGCUGCCCUACUUGCCAAGGACAAGGUGAAACUAUUAGUGAAAAAGAUAAAUGUCCUAAAUGUAAAGGUAAGAAAGUAUUAAAUGAAACUAAAAUAUUAGAGGUGCAUGUUGAAAAAGGAAUGCGCGAAAAUCAAAAAAUUACAUUUAGGGGUGAAGGUGAUCAACAACCUGAUACAGAACCAGGGGAUGUUAUUAUUGUACUUCAACAAAAACCACAUGAUGUGUUCCAAAGAAGCGGUGAUGAUCUCAUCAUAAAUCAUGACAUUUCUUUAACAGAAGCUCUAUGUGGAUUUCAAUUUGUUGUUAAGCAUUUGGAUGGACGUGAUCUGCUGAUCAAACAUGCUGCAGGGGAAGUGAUUAAACCGGGAGACUUAAAAGGAAUACAAGGAGAAGGAAUGCCCCAAUUCAAGAAUCCAUUUGAGAAGGGAAAUUUGUAUGUAAAGUUUGAUGUCACAUUCCCAGAAAACCACUUUGCUACUGAGGAGCAGUUAAAGCAAAUAGAGACUGUAUUACCACCUCGUGCUGCCUUUGUUAUGCCUACAGGAGAAGAUGUUGAAGAAGUAAAUCUGAUGGACUACACACCUAGUGAGAGGAGUCGUGGUAGAGAAGAAGCUUACGCUAGUGAUGACGAGGAUCAAAUGCAUGCAGGGCCAGGAGUUCAGUGUGCUCAUCAGUAGUUUAAAUUGACUUAGCAUGAUAGGAAACUGAUUUUGACUCAGACCUCACAUUAUGUAUAAUUUUAACAUAACCUUAGGUAGUUAAUAUUUACAUGUGACACUACACGAAAUUAAUAUUUGCUUCAUUCAUUUUAUUUUCAAGCUAAUGCCUUAAAAUAGUGUUUAAUGUACUUGAAUGGUACUUAGUUUAAAAGUAACAAAUAAAAUACCUAUUGUAUAUGUUCAUUGUUCAGUGUAUUUUAAUAAAACCAGGGUAGUGUCAUUUAUGUAAUUCAUUCCAUUCAUACAUUGCACAUUUAAUGCAUCAACGAUUAAUGGUUUUUGUUGUGAUCUAUAAUUUUAAUUUAUAGUAAUUAUAAUUGUCAUGUUUUCAUUUGAAUUAAAUAUUAUUUUCGUUUUAAAAAUUGGUAAUUAAAGGAAAGGAUUUAGGGAUGAAGUACAUUAACAAAAUUUGUAAUAUUAUGUGUACCUUUUAUAAUUUUGUCAUUAUAAUAUAGGAGUGUAUCAAUUAUUCAGAAAAUAAAGAUGUGAUAAGCA